AUGUCCGCCAAGGCCCCGAUCUACCUGAAACGCGGCGGGCGGAAGGGGAAGAAGGAGAAACUCCGCGACAUCCUCUCCUCCGACAUGAUCAGCCCGCCCUUGGGCGACUUCCGCCACACCAUCCACAUCGGCAGCGGCGGCGAGGCCGACAUGUUCGGGGACAUCUCCUUCCUCCAGGGCAAAUUCCACCUCCUCCCUCGCACCGACGGCGGCUUCGACUCCGACAAGGACAGCCCCGAGGCGGCGCCGUUCGCCUUCUCCAGGACGGCCACCAUUUCCGGGCCUUCUUCGGAGGCGGCGUCGCCUCUCUUGAAAAACGCCAUUUCCUUGCCCGUCAUCGGUGGGCCCCAGGCCUUGACGUUACCGGCGGGGCCGGGCCCACCUCCUCCGCCGCGUCGUUUCGCCACCAACGGAUUCUCCGAGGAGAAAGGCGAGGCCGAGGCGCCCUUCCUGUCCCACGCCGGCUCCCUCCUCUCCCUCCACGUGGAUUUGGGGCCCUCGAUUUUGGAGGACGUCCUUCAGGUGAUGGAGAAGCACCAAGGGGGCGGAUCUAGACAGGAUUCGGGCAGGCCUGAAAUCUUGACGUGA